UUUUCGGUGAUUUCUGUACCUGAGAAAUUCAAAUUUGAAAGAGUUAUGUUUGGGUGGAAAGGUUUGCUUACUUCUUUUAGCCGUUUGCGGAGAAUUGGCCCAAAGAGAUUCAAAGGAAAUUUCAAAAUUGAACAGAAACAAGAUGAGGUUUUUCUGGAUAAUAAUCCUUUAACAGAUACCUUUGGACGACAUCAUACAUACCUUCGAAUCUCCCUAACAGAAAAAUGCAACCUAAGAUGUCAAUAUUGCAUGCCAGAAGAAGGUGUCAAUUUAACAGAAAAAUCAAAAUUGCUCACAGCCGAUGAAGUAAUUUAUCUUGCCAAGUUAUUUGUAGACCAAGGUGUUCAGAAGAUAAGAUUGACUGGAGGUGAACCCACAACAAGAAAAGAUCUAGUAGAUAUUAUCUAUAAUCUUAAACAAAUUAAAGGAUUAGAGAGUGUAUCUCUAACAACCAAUGGGGUUGUGUUAACCAAAAAGCUGGUAGAGUUACAAAAAGCAGGACUUGAUGGUUUGAAUAUAAGCUUAGAUACUUUAGAUGGAAAAAAAUAUGAAAAUAUUACAAGGAGGAAAGGAAUGGAAAGAGUUUUAAUGGGCAUCGACUUGGCUCUUCAGUUAGGAUAUGAUCCCGUCAAAAUAAAUUGUGUUGUCAUGAGAGGAUUCAAUGAUGAUGAGGUUUACGAUUUCAUCAAGUUAACUGAACACAAGAAAUUAGAUGUCCGUUUCAUCGAAUACAUGCCUUUUUCUGGCAACAAAUGGGAAGUGGACAAAAUGGUACCCUACAAUGUGAUGCUGGCCCAAAUAAAAUCAGUUUGGCCUGAUUUUUUACCCCUUUCGAAUAGCCCCAACGAUACUUCCAAGGCUUGGAAGGUUCCAGGAUUCAGUGGACAGGUCGGUUUCAUAACCUCAAUGUCGAACAUGUUUUGUGGAACUUGCAAUAGGCUGAGGAUAACAGCUGAUGGUAACUUAAAAGUUUGUCUUUUCGGUAACAAGGAGGUAUCAUUGAGGGAUGCCUUGAGGAGUGGCGUUAAAGAGGAUGAUCUUAUUAACAUGAUUGGUUUGGCAGUCAGAAGAAAGGAAAAGCACCAUGGCGAUCCAAAUAAAUUCAUGGAAAUCGGCAGUGUAAAACUUUCCCAAAAAAUAAACAAAGUGAAGGCUAGAACGAGAACUACCUUCUCCUUGUCAUUAAGGAGGAUGUACAGUACGUACAAAAAAGGCGAAUCUCUAACGCACGUUGAUGCGAAAGGUGAAGCAAAUAUGGUGGAUGUCUCGGGAAAGGAUAUUACAUCCAGAACAGCUACUGCUAGAGGUAGCAUUCACGUGGGACCUGAAAUUACUAGGCUUAUUAAAGAAAACAACAUUAAGAAAGGCGACGUUAUCGGUGUGUCCAAGCUGGCCGGUAUAAUGGCUGCUAAAAAGACGUCAGAAUUGAUUCCUUUGUGUCAUAAUAUUUUUCUUAACAGAAUAGAUGUUACAGCUACCCUAGAUGAAGUAAACGACGCCGUUAUCAUAGAAGCUACUGCGAGUUGCGAUGGGAAAACUGGAGUGGAGAUGGAAGCUUUGACCGCGGUGACUGUUUCGGCUUUGACAGUCUAUGACAUGUGCAAAGCAGUCAGUAAACAUAUGAAAAUCAACGAUGUCUAUCUGGUGAAGAAAACGGGAGGUGCUAGUGGGGACCAUGGCACUGAGAUACAAUUUAAAAGUUACAAGGAGGUUUUGAGAAAGAAGACUGUCUAUGUUGGAAGUAUUUGAAAGGCUGAAUUCACACGGUUUUAUUUGGAUUUAAUUCCUUUCCCUUCACUUUCUGUUGUUUUCUUAUUCGAAAGAAGGUGAGUUGUAUUCUAGAAAAGUGGAUCAAAAAACUUCGAAUAAAUUUAUAAUUUUCAUCCCCGAUAUUUGGAUAAUUGAUUUUGAGAUCACUUAAGAGUAAUACGUUCCAGAUCCCGCAUUUAUGUUUUUUUUUUGGUGUCAAACCUGACGUUCCAAAAGUUCUCAUUGAAUUUUAUAUCCUUUCGCUAAUUGUUAAUUUUUUUGUUGAAAUCUUGUUUUAGUAUAAUGCUUUUUGUUGAUUGCUAGAAUGAUUUAUAUUUAUACCACGUUUGAUUAUUUUUACUGUUGAAAAAUAUGUAAAUUUAAGGUCCCCAUGCAUUUUAGCAUAAGUGGUUGUUGGUGCAAGUAUAUACAUAAAUUGUUAUUGUUACAGUUUUAAACAGAUUUUAUACAUAGUUUUUCAUGAAUAAAUUUUGUAACUUUUCAA